GUAGGGGAGCGUUUGGCUCGAUAUGAUGUGGAGAAGCGAUGUGCCAUCGAAAAGGAAGACUAUGAUCUUGCCAAGAAGAAAAAGGAGCUGAUGGAGGAGUACAGGAGGAGCGUCUACCAGCAGCUGGAGGUCCACAACCUGCUGGACAUGGCAAUGAUCACGAGGGCAGCAGAUUCAUCCCCAGCCCAGGAGUCUCCCUGUCUUCAGCCCUCAGGUCACUGCUCAGUCCCCACCAAGCCCCUUGUGUCCACAGAAACAUUCAGGAAGGGGAAAACAACUAACGCUGCUCAGAACCAACAGUCAGACACAGGAACGGUUGCGUCCAAAGUGAGCAGCCAACCUGACAUGCCGUGCGCCCCUGCUGCUGUACCCAAGAUUGACGUUUCUAGUGUGCCUUAUGACGAGAGACCACUGCCCACACUUCAGAGGAAAGACCGACCUGUGGAGAGCCCUGCAGAGCAUCACUCUCCCCAACUCGAUACCCAGAAAACACCACACAGCCCUGAGAUGAGUGGAGAGCCAGAGCCCCUGACAGAGAAAGCCCAGAGAGAGGCUGGCCUGCCAAUAGAGGUCUAUGGAGAAAGCCUGGUGGCCGGGGCAUAUUCCAAAACCUGGUCUUACAGAGAGGAUGCUCUGCUGGCUGUGUACAAGAAGCUCUUGGAGCUACCACCCGCCAUCCCCAGGGAGGAGUUGAGAAACCUGAUAAGAGCUGCAGUCUUCCUGGUCAAGAAAGCCCUCCUGGAUAAAGUGUCCUCUGUUUUCCACGCCUCCUUGAAGCUUCUGCUUCUACUGCUGAGCCAGUUGAUCCCAAAUUUGGGCCGGGCUGAGGUGACCCACUGCUUGGAGCAGACCUGGCCUAACCUGCUGGCCAGGACUGGAGACUCAGCUGGCCGCCUCCGAGCCACAGCCUCUGCCUUCAUACAGGAAAUUGCUGUUUUGAAGGAUGUACGCGGCCUGCAGGUAAUCCCUGGUGAGCUGGUGAAGCCGUUCAAAUCCAACUUCCCUUCUCGUCUGGCUCGGAGUCGGGCCGAGCUGCUUGAGAAGCUACUACCUGAGCUGGGUACGGAGAACUCUGGCUUCACCAUGGACAAUGUCAUGAAGUUCUGUACAGCAGCUUUGGAGCACAGUGCAUCAGCGGUUCGAGAGCUGGCAGUGCGCAUCAUCUUAUCCAUGUACCAGCAGUAUAGAGCUGCUGUUCUCAGCUACCUUCCACACAAUGAUGCCGCCGCACGGAAGAACUUCCUCUACAAAUCCCUCUUCGAUGGCUUUGCCAAGAUUGACGGAAAGCUGGUGGAGACUCGUACUGUGAAGAAGGGUCAGCAGGAUGGGCAAAAAGAGAAGGAGGAGAUCCACUCCCUUCAGGAGCAGCUGGCUGCCUUGAAGGAGAUCACAGAGAGAGGACAUGAAAGCAUCGAAGGACCAAUGCCCAAGAAAGAAGCUGCCAAAGUUGAGAAACAGUCCCAAAAAGCUGGCAAAGCAACUGUCACUAAAGUGCCCCAGAACAAGGUUACCAACAGUGAUGACGUCCAACAAUCUGUCAACUAUCUGGACAACCUGUGUAUAUUCUGCGGUAAAACGGACGAGUCAUUCACAGAGGAUGGAUUGGACCUUCACUACUGGAAACACUGUCCUAUGCUGAGACGCUGCGAUGAAUGUAGACAGGUAGUCGAGAUAGCCAGCCUCACAGAGCACCUACUGGGUGAAUGCGAAAGCAGGUCCAAGUUUAGCCAGUGCCCACGCUGCUCAGAGGCCAUGGCCACGGAAGAUCUGGCUCGCCAUGUCCAAGGUCCUGCCUGCAACCCCCCCGUCUCGGGUAAAGACUCCAACCACUGUCCUUUGUGUCACAACAACUUCAUGCCUGGAGAGGAGGCCUGGAAGGCUCACCUCAUGGGAAGGGAGGGCUGUAAACAAAACUCACGCAGGACUGUGGUGUCCCAGAGAACCCAGCCAGCACAAGGCAGGGCUGUCGGUGGAGCCAAGCUAAAGCAGGCCUUGUCGGUCGGGGCCAGAGCCAGACCCAUGGGAAGAGGCAGCCGGAUCCCAGCCCUGGCACCCCUGGCCAAAGGACAUACACCAGGGAAGCACACUUAGAAACUAUUCCUCUCCUUGUAGAAGCAGUACUGAGAGGAGAGUAAGAAGGAGGUUUGGUUACAAGGAGAAGACUUUUCCUCCCUUGGCAACCCUGCAGCACACGAUGUUUCAGUCCUACAGCCACGGACAACCUGAGUGUAGCUUUGCUGUCAGCUUCACGCUUUGCCAUCUGUUUACAUAUUUAUUUUUAUUUCUUAUCUUAAAUAAAUUAUAUAAAAGAAAUGAAGUAGCACUUUGCCAAAGAGAUGAUUCUUCACCGCUGAAUUUUCAGCACAGUUUGGACUUUAAUUUGUUUUCCUUAAUGCCUACUGACAAUCUUGAGUAGAUGGCACAGUUUUAUAUGCUCACAAGUCGACCUUUUAACUUAACAGAGUUAUUCAAAUGAUAUAAACACAAAAUGCAGAUGAAUGUACGGUAUACAGUAGAAUUUGUAUAGCACCUGUUUUAUGUUUUUUUUUUUCAAG